GUCGGUCAGCUCGUCACGCUAAGGAAGACCAUGACUCCUGAAUUGAGCCUGGACGAUUUUCCAACACUGAAAUUAAGAAAUGUCCACAUCAAAGAUAAAAAAAGUUUUAUGAAGAUAAUAAACGCAAUUUUAAGUGAUGGAUGUAAUUCUUUGCAGAUUGUAACAGAUUUUGAUUUAACACUAACAAAGCAACAUGUUAAUGGGAAAAAAGUCCUUAGUAGUUUUGGGAUCUUUGGUAAAUGCAAGCAACUGCCACAGACUUACUCAGAAGAAUCAAAACGUCUCUACCACAAGUAUAGACCAAUCGAAAUUGAUCCGCAUUUGUCAGUUGAAGUAAAAGCAGAAGCAAUGACAGACUGGAUGAUUGCAGCAGAAAAGAUAUUAAAAGGGAUACCGUUUGAUCUUAAUGAAAUAGAAGAAGUGGUUAGGAUUUAUGGAACUGAUUUACGAGAUGGUACAAAAGAAUUUUUUAAGAAAUUGAAUGCUGCUAAGGUUCCAGUGCUGGUUUUCAGUGCUGGCUUAGGGGAUGUUGUCGAAGCUAUUUUAAGAAACCAAGGAGUUCUCUUUAAUAAUGUAAAGUUGAUCUCGAAUUUUCUCAAACAUAGAGAUGGAAAAAUAACAGGAUUUGAAAAUGACAGGUUGAUUCAUGUUUUCAACAAAAAUGAGCAUGCCAUAGAACAAGAAUAUUUUAAAGUUCUUGACGGAAGAAAAAAUGUUCUCCUAAUGGGUGAUACUAUAGGUGAUGCAUUAAUGGUAGAUGGUAUGACAGACACAUGUGCAGUAUUAAAAAUUGGUUUCCUUUAUGAUCAUGUUGACACUAGCCUGGCAUCCUAUAUGGAAGUAUUUGAUAUUGUUUUAGUUGAUGACCAGACAAUGCAAGUUCCAUUUGACAUUCUACAAAGAUUAUUAUAA